CGCAAUAAAGAAUUUACACAAUUACUAAAUAUUAAUGUUUAUGUCAGUAUAUGUAGAUAAUAUUAGACUGUAGGGUAGUACAAACGUAGACUUAUAAAAAAAUGGGGCAAGCAAAAAGCCAAUUCACGGACGAUGAACUGCAGAAUUACCAAGAUCUAACAUAUUUUACUAAAAAGGAAGUCUUGCAUGCUCAUCAAAAAUUUAAAGCUCUCGCUCCAGAGAAAGUAGGUCACAAUAAAAAUGCCAAACUACCAAUGGAAAAAAUUUUAUUAUAUCCAGAACUGAGUGUUAAUCCAUUUGGGGAGCGUAUAUGUAAAGUUUUCAGCUCAAGUCAUGAUGGCCAUUGCACUUUUGAAGAUUUUUUGGAUAUGAUGUCAGUGUUUAGCGAAACAGCCCCAAAGUCUGUAAAAGCUGAACAUGCCUUUCGUAUAUUUGAUUUUGAUGGUGACGAUAUGUUAGGUAAAUCGGAUUUACAGGAAGUGAUUAGAACAUUAACUGGUGAAUAUAAACUAACGGAUGCGGAAAUUGACAUGUUGAUUGAUAAUAUUUUGGAAGAAGCCGAUUUUGAUGACGAUAGGUCCCUUUCUUUUGCAGAAUUUGAACAUAUAACUGAUAAAUCGUCUGAUUUUUUAAGUGCAUUCAGAAUUCGCUUGUAACUCAAGAAAAAUGUGUAUUAUGGAUCACAAUUUUUACUAUAUAUAUUAAUAUAUAAGAUAAACCCUUCAAAACUCAAAUUAUUGUCUGAUUUGAAGAUUAUAAUUGAUAGAAUAAGUUUAGAUCUAGGGAAUUAUUCAGAACAAUGUAAAACUUCGUAAACUAUAAGCUAGUAACCUCCUUAUUUAAAGUUUGACGGGUUUUCAUUGGAACCAAGUAUUUCUAAGCCAAAUGUAAUUGUACAGUAUUAAUGUUUUUUAGAUUAUAUAAUAAAAAUAUCGAUGAAGACA